UCCCGCGGGCGUCGGGCGGGGUCGUCGGCGUCGGCAGCCGGGUCGUCGGCGGCGGCGGCGGCGGCGGGUGGGAAAUGGCGGAGUACUUGGCCUCCAUCUUCGGCACCGAGAAAGACAAAGUCAACUGUUCCUUUUAUUUCAAAAUUGGAGCAUGUCGUCAUGGAGACAGAUGCUCUCGGUUGCACAAUAAACCGACCUUUAGCCAGACCAUUGCCCUCUUGAACAUUUACCGUAACCCUCAAAACUCUUCCCAGUCUGCUGACGGUUUGCGCUGUGCCGUGAGCGAUGUGGAGAUGCAGGAACACUAUGAUGAGUUUUUUGAGGAGGUUUUCACAGAAAUGGAGGAGAAGUACGGGGAGGUGGAGGAGAUGAACGUCUGUGACAACCUUGGGGACCACCUCGUCGGGAAUGUGUAUGUCAAGUUUCGCCGUGAAGAAGAUGCGGAAAAGGCCGUGAUUGACUUGAACAACCGCUGGUUUAACGGGCAGCCCAUCCACGCCGAGCUCUCCCCUGUGACCGACUUCAGAGAAGCCUGCUGCCGCCAGUAUGAGAUGGGGGAGUGCACGCGGGGAGGCUUCUGCAACUUCAUGCACCUGAAGCCCAUCUCGCGGGAGCUGCGGCGGGAGCUGUACGGGCGCCGCCGCAAGAAGCACAGAUCGCGGUCCCGCUCUCGGGAGCGUCGCUCGCGGUCUCGAGACCGUGGUCGUGGCGGUGGCGGCGGAGGCGGCGGAGGACGGGAGCGCGACAGGAGGCGGUCGAGAGAUCGGGAAAGAUCUGGGCGAUUCUGAGCCAUGCCAUUUUUACCGUAUGUCUGCUAGGAAGUGUUGUAGUUGAUUGACCAAACCAGUUCAUAAUGGGAAUUUUUUUUAAAAAACAACAAAAAAAAACAAAGAUGGGUUUCUGAAUAAAAUUUGUAGUGAUACAGUAUUCUGUGUAACUUA